UUUGCAAAGUGGGGUUUUACCGCUCGCUGCUUGAGUCUUUGGCCUGCAGUAAAUGUCCACCCCACAGUUUGGCCAGGCAGACAGGAGCCACUGCUUGCAGCUGUGAGGAUGGAUACUAUAAGAUUGACUCCGACCCUCCCAAUAUGGCCUGCACACAUCCUCCCUCUGCUCCACGUAAUGCCAUCUCCAAUGUCAACGAGACCAGUGUCUUCCUGGAGUGGUCCGUUCCCAUGGAAACAGGUGGCAGGAAGGAUGUGCGCUACAACAUCCUAUGCAGACGGGUUUUGCCAGAUGGAAGGGGCCUGGAAGAAUGCGGCCCCAACGUACGCUUUUUGCCACGCCGUGUCGGCCUGUCAAACACCUCUGUGAUGGUGGCCGACCUGCAGUCACACACUAACUACAGCUUCCUGCUGGAGGCUGUCAACGGGGUGUCAGAGCUGGCCAAAGACCACGCGAAGCAGUAUGUGUCACUUAAUGUGACAACCAAUCAGGCAGCACCCUCCCCAGUGAGUGUGGUGAGAAAAGGUCACACAGGGAAGAGCAGCAUCAGCCUUUCUUGGGCAGAGCCUGACCGCCCUAACGGCAUCAUCCUGGAGUAUGAGAUCAAGUAUUUUGAAAAGGAGCAGGACUCCAGUUACACUAUUAUAAAAUCCAAGGAGACUGAGAUGGUGGUGGAAGGCCUGAAGCCCUCUUCAGCCUACAUCUUCCAGGUGAGAGCCAGGACCUCAGCAGGCUAUGGCGCAUUUAGCCGACGUUUUGAAUUCCAGACCAGCCCUUACUUAACUGCUACCAGUGAGCGUGCUCAGGCUUCGAUAGUAGCUGUGGCCAUCACGUUGGCUUUGGUCCUACUGGCUGUAGUCGCUGGAUUCCUGCUCAGUGGACGGCGGUGUGGCUACAGCAAAGCAAAGCAGGAUCCUGAAGAGGAGAAGAUGCACUUUCACAACGGUCACAUAAAGUUCCCGGGGGUGCGUACCUACAUUGACCCCCUCACCUAUGAAGAUCCCAACCAGGCAGUGCAUGAAUUUGCUCAGGAGAUUGACGUCUCAUUCAUCUCCAUAGAGAGGAUCAUUGGAGCCGGGGAAUUUGGAGAGGUGUGCAGCGGACCGCUGAGGCUGCCCGGGAAAAGAGAAAUCCAGGUUGCCAUUAAAACCUUGAAAGCAGGUUACACAGAGCAGCAGAGACGCGACUUCCUGUGGGAGGCGUCAAUCAUGGGCCAGUUUAACCACCCAAACAUCAUCCAUCUGGAGGGCGUGGUCACAAAGAGCAAACCAGUGAUGAUCAUCACUGAAUACAUGGAGAAUGGAUCACUGGACACAUUCCUCAAGAAAAAUGAUGGUCAGUUUACUGUGAUCCAGCUGGUUGGUAUGCUGCGUGGCAUUGCGUCUGGCAUGAGAUACCUUUCCGACAUGGGCUAUGUCCACCGUGAUCUUGCAGCUCGUAACAUCCUGGUUAACAGUAACCUCGUGUGUAAAGUGUCUGAUUUCGGCCUUUCCCGAGUCCUGGAAGAUGACCCGGAGGCUGCGUACACCACACGGGGCGGAAAGAUUCCUAUUCGGUGGACGGCUCCAGAGGCAAUCGCGUACAGGAAGUUCACCUCAGCCAGCGAUGUGUGGAGUUACGGGAUUGUCAUGUGGGAAGUGAUGUCAUACGGAGAGAGGCCAUACUGGGAGAUGUCCAAUCAAGAUGUAAUAAAGGCCGUAGAGGAGAGUUAUAGGUUGCCAGGUCCUAUGGACUGCCCUGAGGCUCUGUACCAUCUAAUGAUGGACUGUUGGCAGCGAGAACGCAGCAACCGCCCCAAGUUUGAUGAGAUUGUCUGCCUAUUAGACAAACUUAUUCGCAACCCCAGUUCAUUAAAAAAACUGGUCAACUCUUCACACAGGGUUUCCAAUCUGUUAGUGGAACAUGCCAGUGUAGAAGGGGACUGCAGCACUCGGAGCCAGACCGUAGGGGAGUGGCUCGACUCCAUCAAGAUGGGUCGUUAUACUGAGCUCUUCAUGGAAGGAGGUUACUCUUCACUAGAGACAGUGGCUCAGAUGACGUCAGAGGAUUUGCGAAGAGUAGGAGUGAACCUGGCUGGACAUCAGAAGAAAAUCAUCACUACUAUUCAGGAGAUGAGAGUCCAUAUGAACAACACCAAUUCGACUGUAAACAUCUGAUGCACAUGUAUAGGGACACGCGCACACACACAUAUAUACAUACACACAAUAUAUGGACCUAGUAUGUGACAAAAAGACUUGCUGUUGGACCUAGAGCGGCUUAGCACUUUCUACGGACAAGGAAACCCAGUGUUAAGGAUCUAAACGAGAGCAUCCACAUUUUUGUGGUUCUUGUGUGUGGAGUUUGCUUGUGAUGUCAUUGGGGAUAUUUGACAUUGCAGCACAAAAACCAAACUGAACUCAGCUGAACGGUGCUACAUGAAGGGAAGAUGAUGGUGAGAUUAACUGAACUUAAGUGAAAACUUUUCCUUCUAAUUAUUCAAUUUGUGUGAAUGUGGACUCUGAUAUCUCUGUGCACUGUUUUGGUUCUCUCAGAUCGAGAAACAUGAAACAUAUGCCGCAAAUCUGGCUCUGAGAGCAACCAGCACUUUUUUGGCUGUGUCACAAAUAUGGGAGUUUCAUGCAGCGUGCUCACACUGAACUUUUUCAGCCUGUCUCAGGUGAUCUGAACCCAGUGGAUCUGAAAAGUACUGACAUUUUCUCUGGAAGUACAUUUUCAUCAAGAAUCAUUGAAUUGGACACCACUCUCAGGCAGGUUAAACAUGUUUUUAUGGACCAGCAGUCUUUGCUUUGCCAUGCUGAUGUGCUUUGGAUUUUGCUGUUGGAUUUUGUUGACCUUUUGGCAGUUGUAAUCCACCUGUACAACUCACGGAAGAUUCAGACUCAUAUUCGGCAUCAUGUACUUCAUUAUCUUACAGAGCAAUUCUAGACAAGAAUACAUAUUGCCACCUUAAUUGUUUAAAGAGGCUGAAAUUUAAAAUACAACAAAGUCUAUGACAAGGAAACCUUCUGGGUCUGGCUUUGUCUUAUUGUGAAAUGAUACAAGCCUUUAGGCAUUAGGAUUCUCUCUAUAACUGUUCUUCUGGCUGAAUGUAUAGCACUACAUAGAGUGCAAUGCUCAGUUGCAGGAUCAACCUGUUAUGUUUGAUAUGUAAAUGCUGUCAAAUAGGGAUAGAAUGUGGCAACCAUUCUGGUCCUUAAAACCAGCUUCUAACUGAAGCUGCAGAAUAUGUUUGAGAUUCAGCUGGCUUUCCGUCAUGUUUGCUCUGAAAAUAUGUAGGAAUCUCCACAAAGAUCAUUAUGGGUUCCUACAGAACUCACUCAACUAUCAACUCCUAAACCAUGCACCAUUCAAAUUGGAAAAAGUGCUUCAUACCGAAUGCUUGUAGUGUUUUAGUGAUACCUUCACUCAGAUUCCCAGGAACCUUCAUAUAGGUUCUAGCAACUACAUCACACAUUCAAAUCGAAUCUUGCAGAACUAUUGAGAUUCUUCUGGAACCUUUGCUCAGACCCCAGUGGAUGCUUCAACCAGAUUCUGAUGAACCCUCACACAGGCUCUACAUCAGACAUUCAAAUGGAGCAGUCACACAGGUUGAAAUGGAAAUGUCACAUCAUGUUCAAAGGCACUUCUAUUUAGCUGGAACAUCCAAUCGAAUGGAAAUUUCAUUCAUGGAAAUUUAUGGAAUGUUCAGUUGAUCAUGAUGGAACAUUUGUAAUUGAACAGCUUAUUCACAUGCUCAAGGAAAGGAUCACAGAAUUUCUAGUGGGACUGUUUACUGAUAUUCUAAUGGAACUUCAGCUCAGAUUCUAAUGGAAUCUCUACUAGGAUCCCAAUGUAGCCUUCACUUGCGUGUACUCAGAUUUUCAUGGAGCCUUCACUUAAAACCAACGACCUUCAGGUACCGCAGAAAAUCCUCAGCAAUCUGAGUCUCUGAGUCUCCCUCCACCACAUGUCUGCCACACCGCAAUAAACCUCACUCUUACAGGACUGCUGAAAAUAAGGAGGCAAUAUUGAUCAACUUGAUAAUCAUUUAUUUAUUUAUACUUGUUUUAAAAAAUUUGCAAAAAUGAUGUAGACAGUUUGUGUUUGAUCGUAAUAAUCUCUCUUGGACUACUGAGCAGCUCUGCCUACAUGUUUUUCAUGUAUAUAAUGUAUUAUAUAUUUAAAGCAGGGAGCAUUGUUUCUGUCUACCAUCAUGUGGACAAGUUGGUAUUGAUCAAGCAUCUCAAGAGUAGUAAACAUUAGUAAAUAGUGACAAAUAUUCUAAAUCAGCAUUCCUCCUACUUAGACCUGGGCCACUGUCAGGUGGGGGCAACCAGCACAUCUGUCCCCAUGUAAGGAUGCCCUAAAGGGUAUGCAGAAUUAUAAAAUAUUCAUGUUAUGUUGAUGGUGAUUGUGUUUCAUUUCAAUUUUUGAUGCAAGACCUAGAAAUAUUUUCAGUUGCCCUAAAUGACAAUAAAUACUCUGCUGUCCAUCUAAAAGCUGGAGGGGUGUGCACAGGGAUUGCUAUAUGAACUUCUGGUAUGGUUGAAAGGUAUACAAUGAUGUCAAUGUCAAGCCCUUACUACUUUGGUAUGGUAUGUUAUACAUUGCUACUCAGUGCUUUAUUUCUAAAACUUGACCCUUUUCACAUUGUGUUCACCUAAGCAGGAACUGAGUUCUGACAGUAUAUAUAUAUCUUCUUUGCAGAUGACAUGCUAAUAUUUUUCUUGGUUAUACACAGUGUACUGCUAGAGCGCUGACAUAAGAGUGGAAAUGAAAUGAGAUUGUAAAGAUUGUAAAGAGGUGGUAUCACUUGACUAUGAAAAGCAUAGAAAAGCACACAAGAAGAAUGUAAGGUUUUAAAGGGGUGUUUCACUUUUUUAAAGAACAUGUAUUGCUUUUAAAUACUCAGAUCUCCCUUGGAGUUCAAGAGAACUCAAAGUGAAAGGCCUCAUUACUGGUAGAAAGCCCCCUCACUUGUGGCAUUUAAGCCUUUCAACCUGCUGUCAAAAUCAAGAUCAUACUUCUUGGCUGGUUUCAUAAAGGAAUGUGGGUAGGGAAUGGAAUUGUUAUUGUUAUUCUAUAUGGGUAUAUGUUUUUAAAAGUCGAAAUAUUCCAGUAAAAUUUUGCUUGAAAGAUAAACAUCUGCAUAGUCUCUUUACAUCUGCAUAGUCUCUUUACAUUUAUCACUUUGGAUGUUUGGCUCCAGCUUAUACGUUAAUAUACUAUAUUGUAGUUUUAAUGAUUGGGAACAGUAGCCAUUUAGGAACAUUAGAUUUGUAGUUUAGCCACGGUAUACUUUUUUAAUUCAAGCAGGUCUUAUUCUUGUCUUAAAAAAUGCAACCAACUCUUUGGCAGUUAAACAUAUUUACCACAUACAUAACAUAUACUGAAUGCAGACUAUUGUGGCUAUGCAGAUCUUUAAUUUAGCGGGGGAAUGCAUCAGUAAUAUGGUGCACCUUUUAUAUUAGACAAUAUAAGGCAUGUACAGUGAAAGUAAUUGUGCUGGGUGUUUUUAAUUUACCACCCAGCAUGUUUUCAAUUUAAGUUUCCUCAGUCAUAUGAAUACAAUAACCAUUUGAUGAAGUUUGACAGUGUUUGGUCCUACCCAAAUUUCAUGGUAUUGGCUUUUAUAACCAUCCUUUUCAACUUAAUUUUCAACUUAAAACCUAUGCCUGGGGCAUGAACAAUUGGUGAAUAGUACACCCUUAUAAGUGCCUCUCAUCUUUCAAGCACCAUUAUUUCCCCCCUGCCAAAAUGCCAUGCCCCAAUUGUGCCCCAACUUCCUAUGUAUUUACUUUUUGCCAACAAUGUCUACAGGCAAUAAGAAGAAUGUCAGACAAUGUGUAUGUUGGAACUAAUUUAAUUUGCACUUUAUGAGAAAUCUGUUUUCCUUUUGUUUGACUAAAAUGUCUAUAGUUGACUUUACAUUUAAAAUUACUAUAACUGUUUCCUUAUGCUGACUAUAUCCCUUCAUAUUCUCAAUGCUUCCCAUGAUGUAAAAUUUGACAGUUAAGCACAAGGCAUUGGUAAUAUUUUUGAAAACAAAUCAAAACUAUAUAUAUGGAAAACAAAAGCAUCAUUGACGUUGAGCACCAUUUCCUUUUGUACGGCACAACGAUACACCUUCAGAACGUAAGCACAGGGUUUGACAGUAAUCUUUUUGGACAGUGAGCGGAAGAUAUGAUUUUGUACAAAGAUCAAUAGCAUUAGCCCUUGAUGUCAACAAACUUCAGCAAGACAUUUUGUUUGAGUGUUUGUUGCAUUUUAGCAUUACCACUACUAAGUACAAAAGUGUGAAAACAGUUAUUGAUUUGUUGUCAUUGCAAACAACAAUAAAUAUACAGUUUAUAGAUGUUGCUGCGCGAAAUAUUUUCAUUAAUUCAAAUGAUCUAUUCUCAGCACUUUUGCAAUGGCAUGAUUUUAUCCUGGCCAUCUUUUAUUAAGCAAUUCUCAUUUAGCAGGAAGAAACAAAGCACAGCAAACCAGCAGAGAUUUAUUGAUGUGUUGUUACUCGACAAUGACUGUCAGCUGGGACUCAACCAGACAUUGAAGUGUUUAUGCAGGAGCCAAUCUUUUAGUGUCAAAUUUAAAUUACAUAACACAUUUCAUAUAAUAUCUGAAUCAACUUGUUUGAAAUUGACUUUCAAAAGAGGGUAAUCUAAUUUCUUGCAUUCGUACACAUUGGAGUUGGUUGGAAUUGGCUCUGUAAUAGAAGCACUGCAUAAACAGCUGGAUAUGAGGUUUGACUGAAUUCUAGCAGAUGUACAAAAGCAAUAUCUGAUCAUUAAUAGCAAAAAUAUCAUAUUUGCAUGGGGAUAUAACAACCAUAAAAGGUUGUACUGACAUCUGAGUGGUUUUAAGACACUUAAGACACUAUCAUGAUGAAAAUCAUAGUGUUGGUGUCUUUGAAAACCUCAUAGAGAAAGCCGAGAAGUGGGUGGGGUUAUAUGCGGGCCAUGUUAGUAACAGUCCUAAUGUUUUCCUUAUAUUCAAUACUACUAUUUUUGACAAGCUGUUUGAGCAUUUCUGAUACUUAUGACUUUUCUUUCCCUUGAAUCAUCAGAACUCCAGACAAUGAGCAACUGUACAAAUAAAAAGUCUUAGGCACAAGACUGUGUACAUCAAAAGUAUUGUUCCUGUUUGCAAUGAUGUUUAGAAUAAGCUUAACUGAUUUGACAUCAAUAGCUGACAUCCUUGUCAUGGCAACAGCAAAUGAGGUGCGUGGGUAUUGCAGUAUUUUGUGAUAUUGACAAACCACAUUAGGGUCGAAACAUUUACAGCAGACAAAAUGGUAUUGAAGACUGCAGUGUUUGCGUGCUGAGUAACAAUGAGAUUUUUCCUAAAAGUAAGCUUUCAAAUUUGCAGUUUGAAAAAUGCUUCCUUUACCGAUGGCCUCACCCACUUCACAACUGUAUAGUUAACUUCUCAGGAAGUGGAAAAUAGGUACAUUUAUUGGGUCGUGACACAUGUGGUCUUAAGGUAAAAUGUGCAGCUUUCACUCAAAGUGUCAACUUUCAAAAGCAGGUCUGCUAUUACUACUAUUAUUACUAUUAAUGGUUUUCCCCAGGUCAAAGACAAUGCUCAUGUUAUCAGUAACUCACACAUAAGGUUUUAAACAACUGUUUUGUGAUUCUUUGAAAGCACAGU